GUCUGAGCAAUUAUAAAUCAUAAUGUCAUUUGCCAAUUGAAUUGACUAAAUAAAAUUAUUCAAGUAUUUGAGUGAUAUUUCUUGGUUUUUCUAAAACUAACUUAAUCAAAUACUGUGGGAUAUAUAUUAAUUCAAAAACUUGCAGUGAUUGAUUAAAUUUGUGUGGUAAAAGAAUGAUAGUGUAACAUUUUAUACAAAAACUAUCGUUACUUUUUAAUUUGUAAAAUUAUAUUAAUUUUGUAAAAAUCAAAAUGUUAAAAAUGUUGUUUCACCUUCUUGGUGCAAUUCAAUUCUUUUAUGGUUGUUAUUACGACUUUACUUACGUUAAAAUACCAAGUACUGCAACCACGGUGACCCCGUUCGGUGGAAAGUUCAAAUACUUGACUUACUUAAAUGCGAUGCUGCAAACGCUGUAUUUUACUGUGGCCCUCCUCAAUGAUAUUGUGGGUUCUAAUGAGUCCACACCAUCUAAUAAGCCAUUAGUAAGACGAUUCAAGGAUUUACUGUUUAGUGCACUUGCAUUUCCACUGUCAAUGUUUGUUGGUAUAACAUUCUGGGGUAUAUAUGCAGUUGACAGGGAACUUAUUUUGCCGAAAAUGAUGGAUGAAUUUUUCCCUACAUGGUUAAAUCAUGUUAUGCAUUCUAACAUUGUAAUAUUUACUGUUAUAGAACUAGCAACCUCAUUUAGAAUGUAUCCCGGUAGAAAGAUAGGUUUGUCAGUAUUGACUACCUUUAUGCUUUUUUAUGUAGUAUGGAUUCACAUUAUCUACUUUAAAACAGGAAGUUGGGUGUAUCCCAUUCUCUAUGUACUUAACUGGCCAGUAAGAAUAUUCUUCUACUUGUUCAGUCUUGGCUUUGUUUUUAGUCUCUAUACUUUAGGCGAGAUAUUGAACAGGUCAAUUUGGUCAAAGGAAGUUGAAUCUACAGUUAAAUCAGGAAAGAAAAAAGCUAAGUAAAUUUUUACUAUUUGCUAAAUAGCAUUUUAAUAGAAUAAUUUUGGUGUUACAAUUACAGUAAAAUUGUCUUGUGUGAUUAUGUAAGGUAUUCUAUUUAAUAAUGAGGUAAAGGUAAUAAGAUAAGAUACAAUUUAUGUGGCCUGAUAGGGAAGCUAUAUAAGUUUAAAUAUCUUUUAUUUUAUAUCACUUAUUUGGUUACUGAAUACAUAAUUUCUAUUAUUGUUUUCCCAGUACAUUAUUUUUAGCGUAUGUUACUCUUACAUACCAUUGUAAAUUAUUUAAUGAUGCAUUCCAAGUCUUGUUGUUUUUUAACUUUGUUAAUUAAUCUUAAACAGAUUGUGUAUAAAAGUUAAUUACUUUUUAUUAACUUGCUGUUUAUAGGCAAAUAUAUUUUUUUUUAUAUUUUUUACAAUUCAGUGUAACAUUUAUUGUAAUAAAUUUUAUGGGCUGUCAUGUUGCAACAAAGCAAUAAUUAAUAUAUAAUUUAUAACUUAAUGAAAUAAUCAUAGCUUAGUGGUAAAUUAAAUAGUCUUUUGUCUGUGCAUUAAUACAUAAAAAUGUAAAUUGCCAUUAAUUUUCAUUGGGUGUAAUAUUUGGGAUGAUUUUACUAAAGUAAUUAGUGUUAUUAGAUUGCAAAUUGAUUGUUUCAAUAUAUGAUGUAUUGCUCUUAGUUCAUUUCAUUUGAACUCUGGAAAGAUGUAAAAGAAUUAUUAUCAGGUAUUAUUUUCAUCAAAAUGGUAGUUCAUUAAAACAUUUAGCUUAGAAAUAUAUAUUAUUAGUAGAAGUAAGAAAGUUUUACUUAAUAUUUGAUAUAGUAUAUGUUUUUAAUUUUUAGCUGUUUUUAUAGCUCCAUCUAUCUUUCAUACGAGCUCAAAUGAAAUGAAUUUUUAAUGGUGUAGAGCUCUCUUUUGAGGCAUAUUAAUGAAUGAUCAUGAUAGCCUGGUUCUAAUAUUAUAAGCUUGUUAAAUUAUAAUGAACUUUUCUACUAAAACAAUAAUUAUAUUAUAAAGGCUUUACAUUCCAUUCAUAAGAGGCCUUAUGUGUACCAAAUGCUCAUAAAAUUAUAUGAUAUGUCAUCAAAGUGCUUGUGGAAUUGUCAAAUUGCUUUAAUCUUGUCUUUAAUAUGGUAAAUAGUUAAAUAAAGCAAUAUACUAUAUUAAAA